CGAGGAGACGGACGCGUUUCUUCCUGUUUGGGCGAAGACGGAAGAACAGGAUGUGUGAAAUCUCACAUGUGCUUGUUGUAAUGGGUGGACUGCUGUGAUAUUUCUGUAGUUGUGUGUCCAUGCCGAUCGUAGUCAGCAUCUUCGUCUUCUGUUCAGUUUUGAUAACUAUGGCCCAGCUUUUAGCACAAGAAGAAAAAGAGAAAACGACUGCACUAAAAGAUUUAUUGUCCAGGAUAGAUUUAGACGAGCUGAUGAAAAAAGAUGAACCUCCACUGACGUUUCCCGAAACUCUUGAUGGGUUUGAAUAUGCUUUUAAUGAACAUGGUCAGUUAAGACACAUAAAAACAGGAGAGCCGUUUGUCUUCAACUACAAGGAGGACCUGCAUAGAUGGAAUCAAAAAAGAUAUGAAGCACUGGGAGAGAUCAUUACAAAGUAUAUUUAUGAACGCCUGGAGAAAGACUGCAACCUGAAGAAAGAGAUCCUUCCUGUUGAUGCAGCUGAGGAUGAACCAAAAAGCUUUAUUUAUGUGAGCGAGGAUGCCCUCAGUAAUCCAGAGAAGCUCAUGGUUCUGAUCCAGUUGAGUGGAGUGGUGAGGGCAGGCCAAUGGGCUCGACGACUCAUCAUUAAUGAAGAUCUCGACAGUGGGACACAGAUCCCCUUCAUUAACCACGCCAAAGAGGAGGGCUAUGGGGUGAUUGUGCUGAACCCCAAUGAGAACUCUCUGGAGGUGGAGAAGACUCAAGAUCUCUCCAACAGUCCGUCCCCGGACACCUCCGAUGAGCCAGCUGAAAAGAGAGAGAAGAAGGAAGAGAGGGACAACAAGAAAAAGAAGGACAUUUAUGAGAAGUAUCGCAGUCCUCAGAAGGAGCGGGAGACUGAGCACAUCCCGAUACGAGACAACAGCACUCCAGAGGAGCACACUCUCUAUGUGUGGGACCACUUCAUCUCCAAAUCGCUUGCCAAAAAUGUCUUCAUUGUGGCACAUAGUAACGGUGGCUUGGCGUUUGUGAAUUUGAUGAUUCAGCGGGAGCCUGAAGUGAAGAAUUGUGUUCGUGCAGUGGCCAUGACGGACUCUGUCCAUAACGUCUGGCAUCAGGAGGCCAAUAAGUCCAUUCAAGAUUGGCUCAGAGAGCACUGCUGUAACUGAGUGUCGAGUCCUGAGCCCCUGGACACUCCGGUGGACCCCAUGCUUACCGACUGCCCUCGUGUUUCAGCAGGUACUGAGAAACAUGAGUUAACAUCAUGGAGAAGCUUCCACUCCAUCUUCAAGUUCUUCUGCAAUGCCCUGAAGGAUCACAAGGACGAGACCUCCUCAAGCCCAGUUAACACACGCAGCACCCAACGUAUAAUGCAAGAAGACUUAUAGAAGAACAUUAAAAAAUCAAAGAGCUUAGGCUCUUUCAUUCUUUUUACCUCUAUCCUUUAUAUGAAAAAUAUUCCUCCUUGAAUUAUUCCUCACAGCACAUUGUCUGACUCUUAUGAGUGCAGGGUCAGCCUGUAUUCAUCAGAAUAGCGUUUUGCAUUACUUCCGGAUGAGUGCAACUGUCAAAGCAAUAUGGCUUCACUGCUUGUGCCUCCUGUGGGCCGCUGUGUGGAGCAUCAUCAGUGGCCAGAUUAAGGCUGACAGGCGGCGCCGCACACCACCUCUUGAUGUACCUCUAAUUAUCCUUACAUUGUCAGAAACUGAGCUAAUGCCUGGGAAGCACCUGCACACAUACAUGUUGCAUAGGUCCUAGUGCCUGCCUUCAAGUCUUAGCAUCUCUGAGUUUAGCUCUUUGAUUUCCUCCAGUAUUUUCUUUGCCUGGGGUCUCUCAUGCAUUUGUGUUAUUGGAGUCUUUAGGAACAUUCUACUUAAGAUGACAAAGGCUUUCAGGUUGUUUGUUCAGUACAUAUAAUGACACUUCAACAGGGGAAAAAGCAACUUGCAAACUCAAAUCUUAAGACUAGAAUAAGAAUGAUGUUUUUAAAUCCCUUAAAACCUUGUGUGAGCAUGAAUUUUAGGAAUAUCUCCCUCUAACAGAGCAGAUAUGUCAGUUCAGCAGUCUGAGAGUAUCUGUGGAGCCCUUCCUGUGGCAGGAUCUGAGAGAUUUAAUGCUAUUCAAAGUAUGAAAGCCCUUCUUUUAGAUGUUUGCCCAUAUAACUUGUCCCUUAUUUCAGAGCCUGUGACUAUUCAGCCUCAUGUUUUAAUGCCUUAGAGACAGUGUCUCCAGGACAAUAUGGUAUUAGUGGAGGCUUAAAAUAUGUCACUCUGACAUGUCAACCGAUCACUCUGUUUUUGGGGUUUAAAAUUAAUCUUCAAGUAAAAGGCUUUUUAGUAAUAUUGUGGCAUUAGUUAUUAUUUAGAUCUCUAAUG